CAAUCAUUGGUCUUUCUAGACCCGCCAUGUUCUCGUUCCGUACCGUCCUUCUUCUGGUUCUCUUCGCCUUGAUAGCUUUUGUUGGAUCAACCAAUGGAGAACCAGGGUGUGGUUCAUCUCCGAGCCGGGAAGAAAUGUACGACGAACAGACGCAACGAAGUGCGGAAAGUGGGGACAUGUUUAAUAGGAUCACUCUCGAUUGCCAAACUACUGGUGGAAGCAGUCGCGCACACAGCGGUUCUGAGACGAUUAUAGAACUAUCUAUUGGAUUCUUCUUUCUUAUUUGGGUCGUCAUUGGAAUCUGGAUUGUCUUUGUCAAAAGACAAAAGGCCAUGAACGCAGCCGCUAUCACACCCUACUCGGGAGAAGUGGGAGCUAAAGAGAUGGGUUAUGGAAUGGAUGAAAAGACAAAGACUGUUGCCAUGAGUACUUCGACAGGGAAGCUGUCAAGUGGUGACACAAAUGUUUGA